AUGAAGCGGUACCACAAGAUGGAGAAGAUCGGGGAGGGGACGUAUGGUGUCGUGUACAAGGCGCAGAACAGCCACGGCGAUAUCUUUGCGCUGAAGAACAUACGAGUCGAAGAGGAGGAUGAAGGCAUUCCCAGCACCGCGAUCCGCGAGAUCAGCCUCCUCAAAGAGCUCCACCACCCCAACAUCGUGUGGCUCCGCGACGUUAUCCACAGCGACAAGUGCCUGACGUUGGUCUUCGAAUACCUCGAUCAGGACCUUAAGAAACUCCUAGACGUGUGCGAUGGCGGACUCGAGUCCUCUACAGCAAAGUCGUUUCUGUACCAGCUGCUGAAGGGAGUCGCUUACUGCCACGACCAUCGCAUUUUGCACCGUGACCUAAAACCCCAGAAUUUAUUAAUCAACCGUGAAGGAGUGUUGAAACUGGCGGAUUUCGGGCUCGCAAGGGCGUUCGCCAUACCGGUGCGCAGCUACACGCACGAAGUUGUGACGUUAUGGUAUCGCGCCCCCGACGUGCUCAUGGGCUCCAAGAAAUACUCCACCGAGGUCGACAUUUGGAGCGUCGGCUGCAUCUUCGCAGAGAUGAUCAACGGCGUGCCCCUGUUCCCGGGCGUAUCCGAGCAGGACCAGCUGAAACGAAUAUUCAAGCUCCUGGGCUCCCCAGACAUCAUAACGUGGCCACAGGUGCUUGAACUUCCCGCGUACAAUCCGGAUUUCGGCUUUUUCGAGCGCCAACCGUGGAGCGCCAUUGUCCCCAAGCUGAGUGGCGCCGGUGUGGACCUGAUCUCCAAGAUGCUGCAGCUGGACCCCUUCCAGCGCAUCUCGGCAAGAGAGGCCCUGUGCCACGAGUACUUCAACGAUCUACCCGAAAAUAGGGGUGCGCAACCAUGA